CGUCACGUGAUGUUUUCGCUGGGCUGUAGUGAUGUGUAGCCACCAUGAGUGAAGCGGGCAAAUAAAGAUUUAUAAUGGCAGCGAGCGAUGAUGGAGGCUCCGCGAAGAUGCAACGUUUCGUCGUGCUUGUCGUGCUGAAUAAUCACCGCGGCGAUACAUCGGAAAGCAGCACGGAUUACUCGAACGUGUAAUUGUAUCAGAGCUAGCCAACAAAAUGGGCCGUGCAUCGGCGUAAAGCUGAGGUAAAGUGACCUUUCAUUGCAUUGUCCCAUGGAAGAUCGGCCGCAUUUACCGAAUCACGGCGUCAUGUUGACAUUGGAGGCACAACCGCGUCGCGUUGUCACGAAAACGACCGCGACUAACGGCGACAUCUCUUGUGCUACCGGGGAGCCACCAUCCUCAUCAUCUUCCUCCACCACCUCAAUCAAUAACAGCUCCCGUUUGCCCAUGCACUUAACAGCCUCCUCUCAUUCUCAGCCACAGAGGAGGUACCAUCCGCCUUACCACUUUAAAGUGCAUCAUCUGUUCCCAGAUGAGAGCCCUCAGGAUGCUGUAUUGAGGAAGAACCUGCCACCCCUCCAGUAUAAGGUGCACGACUCUGCCUUCUGCCGCGUACUCAGCGCUGACACCACCGCUGCCGCCCUGGCCGCCGCUGCCGUCUGCUCCGCCGGCGUGGACCGGGACAUAUGGAAAUGUGGCUAUCUCCGAAAACAGAAACAUGGCCACAAGAGGUUCUUUGUCCUUAGGGGCCCCAGCAACCUCGGGCCUAGUCGGUUGGAGUACUAUGACAGCGAGAAGAAAUUUCGAAACGCCCUUAAAGCUGCUGCCUCCGGUGUUACAUGCCCUGCCAAAAGGGUGAUUUACCUAUCCCAGUGUUUUACGGUCAACAAAAGGGCUGAUGCCAAGAACAAAUACCUCAUUGCCCUUUAUACUAAAGACGAGUACUUUGCGGUGGUCGCCGAGAGCGAACAGGAGCAAGAGGAGUGGUACUUGUCGCUCACCGAACUUAUGACGGAGGGAAAAAAGGGGCAGUUGGACAACGACGAACUUGACGACGGUUACGGUACGAUUUCGCCGGGGACUAUUUUCAAGGAGGUGUGGCAGGUAAACGUCAAACCUAAAGGCUUGGGUCAGACUAGGAAUUUAAUGGGGGUGUACCGUCUGUGCCUUUCCCCCAAAACUAUUCACCUGGUGAAGCUGAACUCGGAGACGCCCGCCGUCAACCUGCCGCUGAUGAACAUCCGCCGCUGCGGCCACUCCGAGAGCUUCUUCUUUAUCGAGGUGGGCCGCUCUUCUUCCAUCGGCCCCGGUGAAAUCUGGGUGCAAGUCGAGGACUCUGUGGUAGCGCAGAACAUGCACGAGACCAUUCUGGACACUAUGAAGGCUUUGAAGGCCUUUCCGGACUUUAGGCCGCGGAGCAAAAGCCAGUCCUCCAGCUCAAAUCCAAUGCCGUUUAUUACGACUCGUCGGCAUCUCGGCAACCUUCCCCCAAGCCAAACCGGACUGCAGCGCCAGUCCAGAACAGAUUCGGUGACGGGAACGCCGCCAUCCGGGAAAAACAAAGGGCGAGGUCAACGCUACCGGACGUCCAGCGAGGGCGAAGGCACUCAAGAUCGACCCCUCAGCUCUGGCACGGGAAGCCUUGUGCAUCUAAACACCCCAAUCCUCAGUGUGGGCCGAGAAGAAAGCGGCAGCUGCUGCACUCACGCCUCACCAAAUUCGAGCCAGCACACCCGCUCCGCAUCACUUCCUGUGUCUCACUUCCUGUCCGCCACCAGCCCCAUUAGCGUGUCCAGCAGCAGCGGACACGGCUCGGCCUCCGACACACACACUCGCCCCUCUAGCUCCUCCAUUUGUGGCUCGCCAAGUGACGGCGGCUUCAACUCCUCUGACGAAUUCUGCCCGAGCCCGUGUGACUUCAGGUACUUCCACGCAAGUUGCACCACUCCCGAAUCCAACGGCGGCACGCCUCCGAUUAGGGAAGACUACCGUCUGACUGAAUACAUGACCAUGGAUUGGCAUAAAGAUGGAGCGAGGACUUUCGAAGAGGAGAGCAGUUACAUGGAAAGGACUUUUCUCAAGCUAGCACAUUCGUCCAAGCCAAAACUCGGCGGGAGUUUAAGCGUCACGCAGCAGAAAGCUACGCAAACCUCGUCCUCUUUGGACGAACCGAGCCCGGUGGAGUCGAAGCGACACCAGGUUUGCUCGUGUAUCCUGAAGUCAGCUUAUAAGUCUGAGUUGCAUUAUCCAAACAAGCCUCUCUUGCUCAGCUCCGAGUGUCAGAAGAAACUCCCAAAAGAUGACGGCUACAUGCCUAUGAUUUACAGCAUCGCUCCCUCUCCGAAUGCAGAUUACACCCCUAUGCAUCCCAGGGCAAACCAGCAAGCGGAACGAUUCGGCUACAUGAUGAUGCUCCCGGGCGACGGCACGUCCAGCAGGGAGCAGGCGGAGUACGACGACUACAUGGACAUGUCCCAACUCACCGUGGCUGAAGGCUUUUCCCAAGCCUCACCGGAAGGCCCGAAGGCCUCAUACUUCUCUCUCCCGCGCUCCUACAAAGCCCCGUCCCGAGACAAGCACCAAAAGAUGGACUACAUUCCCAUGUCUCCACCCGAUCCCCAAACCCCGCCUAGUCCCGGAGAGUACAUUCACAUGGACUUUGGGUCGCGUCCCUGUCACAUUGCAGUGUCGCCGUCCUCCGUAGACUCGCCCUCAACUCCGCCGCCUUCCCAGCCCUGCUAUCACCUAUGUUGCUCCUCACCGGAUCAUGACUAUUUGGGACUAAACAUGGAUAGCCUCCUGAAGGACCGGCCUCCUCGGCACUCGCUUGUAGCUCCGUGGAACCCUCCUAACUACGCCCGUCCCUUGGGAUGCUCCUAUGGACAAGCGUCCGCUAAUUUAGAUCCCGAGAAAACGCACGACGGAGACGGUCCGUUGAGAACGAUGCAGCAUCUUUGCGUCUCCGAACGGCUCGCUCACACGGAGCCGAAGGUCAUCAGGGCGGAUCCGCAGGGAAGGAGACGACACAGUUCAGAGACUUUCAUCCCGUCACCUGCUUCGUUCGCUAGCAGUUGCGGAAUCAGACCCUCAGCCAAUCAGAAUCCCCCGGAAGCUAGCAGAUGGCAAAACUCCACCUCCUUCGAUAGCAUGUGGUCGCACUCGGACGCCGCUACCGCCUCAUCCAGCUACCUCAACUACAUCGCUCUGGACCUGAGAGGCGUGGCCAGAGCUGCCCGUGACACGCCCCCUCCGCGCACCGCUAACAGCAACCUCCAAGAGAGCGAUGCGUACGCUGGUAUAGACUUCUCCGUUUCGGGAGGACGUGCCACUGCCUCAAAAGAUUGAGUGAGUAAUACAACGGUGCCCGAAGGAGAAUCAGGACACGACCUCUGGAACGAUGACGAAGAGGAGUCAUCUUCGUCCUCCUCCUCCUCCUCAGACCUCCAACAACACAGACUGAGAAACUGCACAACCUCUUACGCUCCGUGUUUCCCACAUAACUGCCUCAACAACCGGUUUCAUUUGUCUGUUUCUGUCCGAAUGAGACUGUUUUUUGUUUAGUUUUCGGUCUUGUUUACUAGAGCGGGUUCGCUGACUAGAACUGUGAGCUUCAGAUAUCUAGCACUUCUAUUUUUGUGUGUACGAACAAACUGAAACGCAUCAUGGCUCUUGGUUACAGGUUUGUGUUUCUCCGCGCCGGAUCCGUGUAAAUAGGAGAAGCUUGUAUAUUGAAUCUCAUUUUUGUAAAGGGAGCCACUCCUCAAGACGCUCGCCGCACUUAGUUCCACUGGUUUUUGAUUUGUAUAAAGUCAAAUAUUUUUUCAGGGGUGGAGUUUGUCUCGCUUUAUGAGUCGUAAAACGUCUCUCGGCGCAUUGAUACGAGAGUGUCCGUUAAAAACGUUAAAUUGGGCGAGUUUAAAAAGUACGCGACACUUUUCCAAUCGAGCACUUUUUUUUUUUUGACGUGACAGUGUUUCUGAGUUGCUACCUCAUGAAAACGCUCACGAAAUCCUCGUAUUAGUAUUAAUGUGAAGUCAAGUGAUGCAAAAUACCGUUUCUCCACGACCACGGCUUUCCUGUCCUCGUUUAAAAUGCAACGCGGCAUUGUUUACAUAGACGGCGGGUGUUUUUGACGCCACUUCUCGUGGUUUUCAGUAUUUGCAUUUCACUACUAGUCUUACAAACUGCCACAUCACAGCAGGAUGACGUCGUGCUACUCUGCAUUCCACACGUUUCGUUUAUUUAUUGAUUAUUUAUUGAUUAUUUAUUGACCGUUUACGGCACGGUUUGAGAGCGGGAGUUCAGUGUAUAUAUAUAUAUACAACUUCAGAAAACCUCUCAUCUCUCGGGCCUUUUUUUCUAGUCCUUUUCCUCUGCUUGUACCUGAAAGCUUUAUAUGAAGAGGUUUUGGGUUGAGGUUGUGGUUGUGGUUGAACGCUGUGUAGUGAGAUGUGUAAGCUUUACAGUAGUAGUCCAGAUUCUGUUGGGACGAAAUCAUACGUCAGUGAUUUUUCCACUCGUUUGGGUUGCGUCACACUCGUUGGCGCGCUCUUUUUUUUUGACUAGCUAUUGUGUCAUGAUAUCGCGUUGCUUUAAUGUAAGUAAAAUGUGAGAUGAAAAAAAAAAA